CCAGCGCUGAGAUUGGGUCUCUAUUGAAGGCCCCAAACCAAAACCCUAGAGGCCUCUCCUUAACCAUAAUUUUCCCAGUCGACGGCGAACAGAGUCCGACAGUGGUCGUCUCCCCAUUUCGAGCGUAGAAUCUCGGACCGAACACCCGAAAAGUGAAGAAGGAAGCUCGCUUCCAUGGGGGAUUCGGUUGAUAAAUCUGCGGAACCUGUCUCGAACGUGUCCAUGGAUUCUCCUGCCGCUUCCACGGGCGACGGAGCUGAACCCCGGAGCAAGAACGCUCUCAAGAGGGAAUUGAAGAACAAACAGAGGGAGGAAGAGAGGAAGCGCAAGGAAGAGGAAAAAGCCAGACAGGCUGCUGCUAAGGCCAGCUCUCAGACCCUGAAGUCUGCUGCAGCAGAUGAUGAGGAUAUGGACCCUACGCAAUACUUUGAGAACAGAUUGAAGAAUCUUGCGGCCGAGAAGGCUAAAGGGGAGAAUCCUUACCCCCACAAGUUUUAUGUUUCGAUGUCCAUUCAUGAGUACAUUGAGAAGUAUGGUAGUUUAAGCAAUGGCGAGCAUGUUGAAGAUGCUGAAGUAUCUCUCGCCGGACGGAUAAUGAGUAAGAGAUCCUCCUCUUCCAAGCUUUUCUUUUAUGAUCUUCAUGGUGGUGGUUUCAAGGUUCAAGUUAUGGCUGAUGCAAGUAAGUCAGGAUUGGACGAAGCCAUGUUUGCGAGGCUCCAUGCAAGUGUUAAGCGUGGCGACAUUGUCGGUAUCACGGGGUUUCCAGGAAAAACUAAGAGGGGAGAACUGAGUAUCUUCCCGCGAUCAUUUAUAGUAUUGUCUCAUUGCCUUCACAUGAUGCCAAGACAGAAGGCUGGUCCUGGUGCUGAUAAUGCUAAUUCAAAGAAAACCGAAAUCUGGGUUCCAGGAAGCACAAGAAAUCCUGAAACAUAUAUUCUUAAAGAUCAGGAAACUCGAUAUCGUCAACGGUAUCUUGAUUUGAUGCUGAACUUGGAAGUUCGCCAGAUAUUCAGGACCAGGGCUAAGAUCAUCUCCUACAUCCGAAGAUUCCUUGACAAUCUUGAUUUCUUGGAGGUUGAGACACCUAUGAUGAACAUGAUUGCCGGUGGAGCAGCUGCCCGGCCAUUUGUAACCCAUCACAAUGAACUCAAUAUGAGGCUUUUCAUGCGUAUUGCACCUGAACUUUAUCUUAAGGAGCUUGUUGUUGGUGGCCUGGACCGUGUUUAUGAGAUAGGAAAGCAAUUCAGAAACGAGGGAAUUGACCUUACCCAUAAUCCAGAGUUUACCACUUGUGAAUUCUAUAUGGCUUUUGCAGACUACAAUGACUUGAUGGAACUGACCGAGCAAAUGCUGAGUGGUAUGGUAAAGGAACUAACAGGUGGUUAUAAAAUCAAAUACCAUGCAAAUGGGCUUGAUAAGGAGCCAAUUGAGAUCGACUUUACUCCUCCAUUCAGGAGAAUUGACAUGAUAGAAGGGUUAGAGAAGUUGGCCAACCUCAAUAUACCAAAAGAUUUGGCUAGUGAAGAAGCUAACAAGUAUUUGAUUGAUGCAUGUUCGAGGUUUGACGUCAAAUGCCCACCUCCUCAGACAACGGCUCGGUUGUUGGACAAACUUGUUGGACACUUUCUGGAAGAGACCUGUGUUAACCCAACGUUCAUCAUUAACCACCCCGAGAUUAUGAGUCCCUUGGCAAAAUGGCACAGAUCAAAGACCGGUCUGACUGAACGGUUCGAGCUCUUCAUCAACAAGCACGAACUGUGCAAUGCCUACACUGAGUUGAAUGACCCUGUUGUACAACGCCAAAGAUUUGCUGAUCAGCUCAAGGAUCGACAAUCUGGAGAUGAUGAAGCAAUGGCAUUGGAUGAGACAUUUUGUACCGCCCUCGAAUAUGGGCUGCCUCCUACUGGCGGUUGGGGAUUGGGAGUAGACCGGCUUUCUAUGCUGCUUACUGACUCACAGAAUAUCAAGGAGGUUCUUCUCUUCCCAGCCAUGAAGCCGCAGGACGAAUCAGCUGCUGCAAAAGGUAUCACAGUUAAUGAAUAACUGGUAAAUGCCCAAAAUAGUUCAUGUUAAGCGUCAUUUCUUUUUUGCCAUGUUUUUAAAAGUUGCAGAGUUUAUGAAACAGAACCUUUUCAUAUAGAUUGAGGAUUUGUUUAGCCAUUGUUUUCCCCCAUGUAUUGUGAUCCCUUCAUGUGGGGUUCAGAGUAUUUAGUAGUGUCAUCCCUUGUUCACAUAUACAAAGAGCCAUUACUUCAAAAAUCUUUAUUUGGGGGUCCA